CACACCCAACACAGAACACAAACAAUACAGUCAGCAAGAAGCCACAAGCAACCGUGAUGUGCAGCCGUGGCAGCACGCCCAUGCUGCUGCUGCUGCUUCGGGUGUGCGCACGGCGUGGCGUGCCCUCUGCUGCAGUGCAGUCGCAGGCGCAACCCAUCCUGCCCCGUCGCGCCACAGCAUGGUGCCAGCGUCGCUUCUCUUCAUCAGACACCACCACCACCACCACCACCACUGCUGGCACACCAGCGGUCGCCGCAGCGAAGAGCGACAACCGGACAAGCACCGCUGCGACUGCUUCAGCAGACGCAACAUGCAGCACAAGCAAGGCGCCCGCAGACACCACCGCACCACCAUCAACAUCAACACCAUCAUCAGUGGACGCUGGGACGGGCGCUGCACCACCGCCGUCAGCAUCCGACCUGAAGCCGCCGGCGAUGACGGAGGACCCGAUGGCCGAGCUGGACGCGAACAUCGUCGAGCAUCUCCACGAGGGCAUCCUCUGGUUCUCCAACCUGUUUCCCGUGCAGCACGGCCGGUGGGACGUGCGGCAUGUCAUCUACGAGAAGCGCGAUGUCACCAAGACCCUGGACCGUCUCAUUGACAAGAUGCAGUCCAAGCAUGCCAUCAGCAUCAGACAGGUCAUCCCCAAGUUUGAGGAGGGAGGUGCGUUCGUUGCAUUUGCGUCCACGGCAUUUGACGCAAAGGAGACGGCAGACAUCAUCACGCGCCACCUGAAGAAGCGGCGGCCAAAGUCACUGCUGGUCAAGGAGCCGAUACGAGCGUCCCUCGUCAAGGGCAAGCCGUUCAUUCACGAUAUGGUGUCGUUCCCCUCCAAGCGCAUCCACGUCACCUUCAGAGGCGACCCUCUCCCGCUGGAGGAGCUCUACUCGGUGCUGCGGCCAUAUGGGCAGCUGCUCUCGCUCGAGUACACCAAGUCCACCAUGCCCCGCUUCGCCGUCGCCGCACACGCCGACCACCCGACAACCACGCUCCCAACAUCCUCAUCCUCAUCCUCAUCCUCAUCCUCAUCGUCGUCAUCGUCACAGCCCCACGACACCGCGCGUGGCGUGUCACAGCGGCAGCAGCAGCAGCAGCAGCACAUGUCUACACUCGACAGCGGCAUUGCAGCCAUUGCCACGUACAACAAGAUCCACGGAGCCAUUGGCGCGCGCAACUGCGUCCACGGUACGCUGGUGCACGGCACGCGACUCAACAUCGGAUAUGAGGCGGCGGCCCGUUCAUCCGCUGCGUGGGACUUCAUCUCCCGCAACUCACGGUUCAUCUUCCCGCUCGCCUUCUCGCUGCUGCUGCUGGCGGUGUACCACAUGUUUGACCCCAUCCGCGUCUUCAACGUGCAAAACAAGAUCACGCGGCGCUUCCAGCUGCGCACAGAGCACGUGGUUGACGGCGGCAGCGGGUAUGAUGGUGAUGACGCAUACACCGACGACACAGGCGGUGCUGGUCGUCGUGAUGAGAGAGGCGGUGGUGGUGAUGGCUACGAACGUGAUGGUCGUGAAGGCUAUGGUGGUGGUGAUGGUAGUCGUGGUGGAGGUGGUGGUGGUGACCACGGUCACACCGAGCAUGGUGGUGGUGGUGGUGGUAGUGAGGGCGACGGCGAUGGUUGGCGACACCCGCACCUGCCGUGGCGGCGACGCAAGAAGAGGCAGCACGGCACUGGUGAUGCUGAUGGUGAUGACGCUGCUGAGGAGAUUGAUGAUGGCAGUGUGCAUCACAACGACCACCGCCACCACCACGGACAUAAUGUUGGGGAGGUGGAUCAUAUGCCCUCCUCCGUUGCUCGUGGGCGUGGCGCUGAUGACAUCCGUGACAUGCAUGCAGGCACGGGGGUUGCCGGCGUCACAACCGGCACUAACAGCGAUCGCCAAGCCCCACCAUCACCAUCACCAUCACCAUCACCAUCAUCGUCAUCAUCAUCGUCAGGCAAGGGUGAUGAGACGGGGUGGAACUUCACGGGUGCAGUGACGGACGCGCUGACGACGGUGCUGACAACAGCCCGCUCGUCGCUGUCGUCCAUUGCGGAGAUGGUCAACACGGCGCUGCUGAAGCACUACGAGUCUAUCCCUCCCGCCUGGUCCAAAGGCGCAGAGGUGAAACUCAUUGAUGCCACAUCACGCGACGCCGCUGCCUUUGUCCUCCUCGCAGGGCCCACGGGCUGCGGCAAGACGACGAUGACAAAGCGCCUUCGCCACCGCUUCCCGCAGUAUCUCGAGAUCAACUUCAGGGAGACAGACGCGUUUAGCACCAACGAUAGGCUCCUUGAACAUUUGAAACGCAGCGUGGGCUACUCGCCCGCCCUCACCUUCAUCCACGCCAUCCACGCGCUGUACGAGCAGUUUGUUGCCAUGAGCAGCAGAGGCGUCGUGUCGCCGCAGUCGUCCGUACACACGCACACGAACCAGGUGCUCGAGUGCGUGACAGAGGCCCUCGUGCGCAUCAACAGAUCCAACAAGGCGGCGAGUGACGCGACUGGCGGCGGAAGCGCGGCCCAGACAUCCACUGCCCUUGGGUCUGCCAUGGUCGGUGCGUCGCUCAUUGGAGGCCGGGUCGCCAACGCAACUGACGCCAGUGGCAGCGGCAACAGCAGUGCCAACGGUGCUGUUGCUGGUGGUGUUGGUGGUGUUGGGAGCACAAGUGGUGGUGGUGGUGUUGGGAGCGGCAGGGCGGGCGUGAAGCGGCCAUUGAUUGUGCUCAACGGGUUUGACACGGUGUUUGUGCGCGACCACGAGGAGUUUGCCCACCAGCUGCUGCACUGGGCGCGCGUCAUCUCCGCUGCCCAGCUCGCCACCGUCGUCGUGCUCUGUGACGUCAACAUUGCCCAAGAAAUUGAGGACUCGCCGGACUCAAACGCCGGUGGCCGUCCAGAGACCAUUCUCUUGGAGGACGCAGACCUGCAGCACAGCGUUGCGCUCCUGCGCGGUGAACUGGACGCUGUUUCCGUUUCGCCGGCUGCGUUUGUUCGCGCCGCUACCAUUCUGGGCGGCAGGCUGUCUGACCUGCGGACGCUUGUCGUGCGCAUCAAGACGGUGGCUGCAUCCAGGCAGGCCGACGCAGCCAACCGCACCGGCAGCCGUCGUGUUGCUGGCGGUGUUGAUGGUGCCGAUGGCAAUGACCAGAGCAGUGCACACGGCAGCACUCACUCGAACAACAACAGCAGUCACUCCAGCAGCAGCAACAACAACAACGACGCUGCCACGCGGGCCGCAGGGGUGAUUACGAGUGCGGAUGUGGAGGAGGCGGUUGAAUUUGUGGUGGCGGGCGCGGUGUCCUUCCUGCGAAGCGCAGCCCUCGGAAUGGGCAGCAGCAAAGAGCUGCCGUGGACCCGUGCACAGGCGUGGUACGUGUUGCGUGCGCUGCACAACAGCAACACCGCCACCGUCAGCUACGACGAGCUGCUCUUCUCGCCCAUGUUUGGCGGGAACGAAGGCCCCCUGCGUGCCAUGCAGCGUGCAGACAUCAUCACGGUGCGGCGUGACCGCUUUGGGCGGCAGCAGGCGUGCUUUGCUCGGCCUGUUUUACGCGAGGCAACAACCCGCCUCAUGCAAGACCAGCCGCUGUUGUGUGGGCUGCAGCGCACGAUGCUGCGCCAACUGCGCGAUGUGCACCAGGAGGAGCUGAGCAAACUUGAAGCUGAACUGUGCACGCUGAACGGCAUACAGGACGUGGCUGCGGUGAAGGAGAGGCGACGAACGCUGGCCCGCCAGAUUGCACAGCACACGCGCGAGAUCGAUGCCCUGGACCAGCAGCUGGAUGUUGUUGGCGGCGCGUGAGCGAAGGUCGGGGAAAGGGAGAGAAAGGUAUUGCGUGGGACAUGAGAGCGUGUGUGUGUGUAUGUGUGCGUGGCUGGUUGUGCUUUGUUUGUUUGCGUGCAUGUGUGUGUGUGUGUGUGUGUGUGUGUGUGUGUGUGUGUGGUUUGCUUUCUUGUAAGCGUCAUUUCACAUCGCAACGUAAAAGAAAAAGAAGCAAA